UCAAGACUGUCGGUGGAAGUGUUUAUGUUUACUACCGCAGGGGAAUAGCAAGGAUUUGGUGAUCUGUCUUGUUGAAUACGUGUAGAGUGAUACGCAUACUCAACUGUUAUAAUGGAAGAAGAGAGUGGCCUGGAGUUUGAUGACUUGGAGGAGGUUUUUGGUUCCGCUACAGAAUAUGUUAGACGUGUCAGUGGCAAGUUGGAAUCGGACAAAUUGCUCUAUUUCUAUGCCCGGUUUAAGCAGGCCAAAGAGGGCAAAUGUAAUACUGCCAAGCCAAGUUUCUUUGACUUCCAGGGAAAGGCCAAAUGGGAUGCUUGGCACAAGCUGGGAGACAUGGACAAAAACCAAGCAAUGAUGGAGUAUAUUUCUCUGUUGACCAACAUUGACCAAGAGUGGCGCAGUAAAUUGUCCUCUCAGCUCAACGAGCAAGGCGACACAGAUGGCGGUCAGACCCGCGGUCAGACUUUGGGUGUGUCGGUCAGCGUGAUGGCCAACACAGACUCCGAGCUGAGUCCAGACGAGAAGGACAUUUUUGACUGGUGCAAGGAGGGGAAUGUGGAGAAAGUGAGAGAACUACUCACCUUUGGGGCAGAAGCAGUCAACGGUCUGGAUGAAGAGGGUCUGUGUCUCUUGCACUGGGCCAGUGACCGUGGCUUUACCAACAUGGUGGAACUCUUGUUGAGUCUGGAUGCUGAUAUCAAUAGACAGGACAUGGACCAGCAGACAGCUCUUCAUUAUGCCGUGUCCUGUGAUCAUGCAGAUGUGGCGCAACUGCUCAUGAACCAUGGAAUCAACGAAUCGCUGCAAGACGUAGAGGGCAACACAGCGAUGGAUGUCGCCAGCGAUGACAUGAAACUCUUGUUACGGAGUCUUAUCGAAGCGCGAUCUUCAUAGCGGAUGGUGACUCCUCCUUGCCACUCUCAUGCGCCUUGUCAUAAACACCUAGGUAUCUUUGGACGCUGAUACUCUUUUGGAUUGGCGUUACAGAUUUUUGUCUCUCGUGUGUGACGUUUCAUAACUCUUUUUUCCCCACUUUAGGUCUGUGGCUGACAAGAUUGAACCAUUCAACAGCGUGGAAUAACACCAACGGCAACGUUUACUAUUUUCGUAUUGACAGUUUCAACUUUUUUCAAUGAUGAUUAUCGGCUUUGUUUUUAUGUGCACCUCUCAGCAAGCUCUGGGAACUGGACAUCACCUGAGUGGUGGUCCUAUUUGUUCAAUAUUGGGGAACACAUCACACUUUGUUGGAGUUUGAGCUUUUUGUACUUGAUAACCAUUUUUCUGGAGGGGCUCACUAUUUGUUUUUCUUGAAGUCUGUGAUGGUUGAGUGCGUUCCUGUUGAGUGCAGGUUGAAAGUGUUUGGAUUUUUUGAGGGAAUGUUUUUUUUCUUCCUAUUGUGUAUGGCUACUAGUUGUCACAUUAAAUUUUUUUCUUUGGCACUUUGCUCUUAAUUUCUUAUCCCAAAUCCUCUUCUCCUGGCCAUUUUUUCCCUAAAAUUUUCACAUCAUCUUGUAUGCAUCUUCUUCAUCCUAUAUUCUUGUAUAGCUGAAGAUCAAAUGUGGGAAAAUCUUCUAUAUUAUAUAGUGUUCUUUAGGAAGUAAAUGAAUGAAACAUAUAUAUGGCAGCUGCUUGGGAUAUGCAGAUGAUAGGACCUGCUUCUUUUCUUUCCUUGUGCUGUUUUUGGUAAUCCGGUCUAUCUGUCUGCGUUGCUUUUUCUCCCUUCUCUAAAAAAAGGUUAUUAUAUAUUCUUCACUUUACUCAAACCAAACAAAUGAGAAUUGAAAUACUGGAAUGAAUGCACAGUAAUAGCAUUGAGCUGUAGGCAUAUUUAGUGAUGUCAGUCGUAAAAGUGGCCAUCCCUAAACAUACCUAUUUUGUAAGAGACUAGAAAAGGGGAAAAACUGUUUUCAUCUCUAAAUGUCAAAGAAAUGGAAGACUUUAUUAUUUUUUUUCUAGAGUAAAACUAGAUCUACGCAUGGUAUAGGGCAUUAUUUUCCAUGAUUGGAUAUAGUAGAAAAAUUUGUUUGGGAAUCUGAUUGGUCCAGUUUGCAGAUAUCUCUGCGUAAGAUAUGUUUGCCCCAAGCACGAUCCUGAUGCUGGGCUUUGUGUUGUGAUGUCUGGCCGUCUUCUGAUGUCCACCUGUCUACGUCUCUAAGUCAAAUGCUGCUGGCUAUUGUGGUGUUGAGGGAGAUAGAGGCGGCUUAUUCCCUGUGGCCAAAUCCUAUAAUGAGGUUUUAUUUUCUUUGGUUGUGGUUAUGGAGUAGGUGCAGCAUGUUGAUGACGACAGUGUAACUGCUAUAUUUUGUUUUCAAACAGGCAAAUAAAUGACAAUUCUCUCCUAA